AGCAGACCUUGUUUUUCCCGUAUUCGGGUUUAUUGAGUAAAGAGGACUUCAAAUUUGGACAUGGUAAAUCGGUAAAUGAAUUUGGGUGAGAGAGCAGAGUGCCAGAGAGACACUGUUAGAGUUCUAGGUUAAGAUCAAAACUCGAAUGGGGAGAAUUUUCCUGGUUGAAUUAGAUGGCAGAGCUUAUAGAUGCAGAUUCUGUGACAGCCCCCUUGCCCUUGCCGAUGAUAUCAUCUCUCGGUCUUUCAGCUGCCGUCGAGGAGGGGCAUAUCUGUUCAGCACUGUGGUGAACAUAACGCUUGGUCCCGAGGAAGAGAGGCUAAUGCUUUCUGGUUUGCAUACUGUAGAAGAUAUUUUUUGCUGCUGCUGCGGACAGAUUCUUGGAUGGAAAUAUGUAAUUGCACAUGACAGAAACCAAAUAUACAAGGAAGGAAAGUUUGUGCUCGAAAGAUGGAGGAUAGAAGUGGAUGUUGCUGAGGAAUUCAAUUUAGACGCUCCUCCCGGUUCAAGUGACACAGAAAUUCCUUAGGAAGUUAUCACUAAUCAUACAGUUAAUAAGAUCUGGAUGCUAUACUAUACAUGUUAUCAUAUAUACAAUUUGAACAGCCAUUUGUAACUAUUAUGAGUAUGAGGAAGAUGCAUUUUUCUGUAAGCAAAGCAUGUUGGAUUAAAUUGUUAUUUUUCUUCUUCUUUGAAUUCAGAUGUGAGCAGAUAAAUAUGUUGAGA